UCAGUCAUCGCUGUCCUUGGUUGCUCUGAGAAUUUCUUCGUCUUAAUUUGCUUCUUUCUCUCUUCUUCUUUUUCUUCUUUUAAGAGGGAGAGUGCAGAAACAACAGAAAGCCUGGCAAACAGGUGGUGGACCGGCCAUGUGGGGCUGCCGAGCCUCAACCCGGCCGGCGUACCGGCGAGUUCUCCGGCAGGUUCGUACCGGAGCUCAACCGACUCGCUCUUCCCUAACCUCAACAAAAUUGAUAAGACGCCUAUACAGUCUGUGGACGACAAGACCGCAAACCAGGCGUGCUCGGAGUCAUCCCCAAGGGAGACCAAGUCUGAUCCCGAGCACGAUGACCCGAAUACCGGACAGGAGGUAGUGGAGGCUGGAUUCCGGCGUCCUCGCGGCCGGCCACCGGGCUCGAAGAACAAACCAAAGCCGCCGAUCAUUAUCACGAGAGACAGCCCGAACGCCAUGAGAACGCACGUCAUGGAGGUCGCAAACGGGAGCGACGUCGCCGACUCCAUCGCCGUCUACGCCCGCCGGAGGCAACGCGGUGUCUGCGUGCUAACUGGCAACGGCACGGUUGCGAACGUCUCUCUGCGCCAGCCAGCCGCCCCUGGAUCGGUGGUUACGCUCCACGGCCGGUUCGAAAUAUUGUCGCUCUCCGGCGCGUUUCUGCCGGGACCUGCACCACCAGGUGCUACUGGACUGACAGUUUACCUCGCCGGUGGGCAGGGCCAGGUUGUAGGCGGCAGUGUCGUCGGACCGUUGGUAGCUGCCGGGCCUGUCAUGGUGGUGGCCGCAACCUUUUCCAACGCUACGUACGAGAGGCUGCCGCUCGAAGAUGAGGGAGAGAUGCCAGGUGCGGGUGCGUCCGCUGCCGGAAUCUCUGCGUCCCCGGGCUCCGGUGGCGGUGGCUUAGGAGAGGGACCGCCACUCCCCAUUUUCAAUCUGCCUCCGAAUUUGAUGACCAACGGCCAGCUCGGGCACGACGCUUUCCCCGGAUGGGCGCCUUCUCGGCCACCAACGUACUAAAAGGAAGAAGCUCAAAGUGGGGACUCUUCUCAAUCAAUCCUUCUUUUCUUCUGCUGCUGCUAAUUCAAUAUGGUCUUCUAUCUAUAUAUAUAUAUAUAUAUAUGCACACACUAUAUAUAUGGCAUCUCUUUCUCUCUACAUAUAAAUAGUAUGGUGAUCUUUAGUUAUGCUACUACCUGAGUGUUUUGAUUUUGUUUCUAUGCCUAGAUUAAUGAGAAAUAAUUUAUUUUCAUGAACAUAUCUCCACAAUAAGGAGCAGCAUCAUCUUGACCAUGACCCCACUAAGAUGAUGGCAAUGAUGAACCUAACUAUCAUCAUCAUUAUUGACAUUGAUUCUUGUAGUCUGGAAAAUGGUGAUGUUGCUGAGCAUGGUAUACUAAUUUGAGCACUAGGUUGUGUAGUAUCGCGCAUAUAUAUGGAGGAAUAAGUACUUCCAUGUGCUGAACAUCGCUUUGUAAUCACUGGAACCUCAAUGUUGGACGUUUUAGAUCCUUGAUUUUGCAAAUUUCAGGAUGUGCUUCGGCUGAAAUAUUUAGAGGCUUCUGUCCUGUACCUAUUUUGGUGACCUUAAAUUGUUAUUGAAUAAAUUCCUGUUGGGUUGUUUGCUGCUGCUGCUCCUAUUUUGGUGAUUGAGGUCAUCGUGGUGAUUAUGGCAUGGGUGUUAGUGCUUGCUAGAGAAGAGGGCUUUAUACAUAUAACUAUGCAUAUGGGCUUCUUUGGUUGUGAAACCUUCUUGGGCGUUUAGCUUUCGAUUGCUUAAAAUUUGAUUUACUUGGUACUUUCAUCUGCACUACAUGCAUAUUUCUUUCAAGACCUAAAAGAAAAGUAUAAAGUUCUUUAGAGUUUCAGAGUGUAUUCAAGAAAUUCUUUUGACAUGUGAAAUUUUCUCUUGCGUUUUUUUAACACCAAAACAAUAAUCUAAGAGAUAUUCGCCAAUAAUCAGGAGACGCUUUAUUGUUUAAGGGAAUCAUGGGCUAUUCAAAAAAUUACUUCUUAGAUGAACUUGUUAUGUGGCUAAUCUAUUAAGCCUAUUAGUUAUGCUGUUAAACUAUGUAUAUCAAGAAUUCUCGGUGGAAUGUUCAUGCUGCUGAAGCUUGUUUUGGUUUUCUGGGCAGUGUUAUGUGCUGAACAAUUUCGCUUCAAAUGUUUAAUAUUAAUUAUAAGACAGAUUGAAAUUUCACUAUGGCUCUUCUUAUUUUUUCUUUGGUCACUGCUACGCUCGUUUUGGUAUUUGUGCAAAAUGUUGUUUCCACUCUUGUCGCUAAUAUGCGUCGUUUACGGAGUGACACCACCAUCUCUCGUACUUCACUUAUAUGUUCAUGUCCUUUUCUAACUGAAGUGUCACUCUUCAACCUUUGGAUUCCAUAAGAAAUGUGGAUAAUCUUCUAAGUUUUCUCUUGCUGAUUCUUUGUUAUAUUACACAAAUAAGGAACAAGUUAUUGCAGUAUAGAGACCUAAACGAGAAAGUUAAUUGUUCUUUAUCCAUACAGGUUGAUGCCGUGUCUUCUUUAUCUUAAGACUACAUUUGGGUUGUAAUUCUUUUGAAUAAAGCAGGCCGAGUAAUAUUCAGUUCAAAAGCACCGAAUUAAUGUGGAAAGUCAUAAUUAAUUAGCUAAUUAGUCCCACUGUCUUAUGGUACCGCACAGAUGUGAUCGGUCGUAGCAAAAUAAGUUUGUCAGAUUUGAGGAUUUAGACUUUUCAGGGUUUCAUUUCCAGAAAUGCAUUCUCCUACUAUGAAUUAAUUGAUAAUUUCAUAUACUCUCAAAAUGGAUUUGAUACCACCAAGUUCGAUCCCCAUGCAAAUAGUUCUGCUCCAAAUUAACAUGCCUAUAAUUUCGAAUUCUUGUGAUUACUUCAGCAAGGAGGCUUGCUUCAUUAAUUGUUUUUGUUUAAAUGUCAAGAAGUAGAUCACCAAAUAUAUUUGGAUUAAUGUUCUCAAAUAUUCCAGCCCUGCUAGUAUUAGUACAACAAGACUCGCUUGAUGGAUGGAUCCAUUUUGCCGACAAUCACAUUGACACUCAUAAGCACCCACACACACACACCCACACAACCCACACAACAUAUAGUGUAUAGUGUGUGUGUGUGUGUGUGUGUAUACUGACAUUCUGUCAUGGAAGGUGGCCAGUUAUAUAUGCAGUUGACAUCCUAGUUGAUUUCUUGGACUGUUUAAUUUAGCACAAAUAAGCUUUUAAGCUUCUUACCCACUUGUUAUUGCAGAAGCAGGCCGUCAGUUAUAGAAGAAGAAGAAGAUUAGGCUCUAUUAAUAGUUAGUACAGUUGGAUAAUGUUUUUGACGUUCAUAACUUCCUCUAAAAUGUACAGGUUGUUCUUUGUUGCCACGGUGAAGGAUGUCAAUUUAUCGCU